GCAGCAACAAAACACGGAACAACUUUAUGCUAGCUGGUUAGCAUAAUAAACUAAAAACAUAACGACAUUGUUUUUAACGGCUUUGGUUUACAGCUACAGCGGAGACAUAUAAAUAAUAUGAAGCUGCUUAAGACCAGACACAAUGUUUAGCAAGUCGUAUCAGCUGCUCCCUCAGAGGGACUCCACAGCUCCGAGGACUCCUGGCCUGUUUGUGGACACUGACAGCUUCUCACAGCGCCGCUACCACAAAGGACUUUCAUUUGACUACAUCCCCAAUGUUUCUGAAAACGACUUCACUGAUACUUCUCAAGGAUGGCUGUCCUGGAUUUGCAACCUGGUUGUCAUCUUUCUCGUCUACAUCUGCACCUUUAUAACCUUCCCCAUAACAGGAUGGUUUGUACUGAAAACGGUGCCUAACUACCAGAGGAUAGUAGUGUUUCGUCUGGGGCGAGUUUGUCCUCCCAAGGGCCCUGGUAUCGUGCUCGUGCUGCCCCUCAUUGACCAGUGGCAGAAAGUAGACUUGCGCACCCGCGCUUUCAACAUCCCUCCUUGCCAGGUGACCACUCGGGAUGGCGGUGUGUUGUCAGUGGGAGCAGACAUUCAGUUCAGGAUCUGGAACCCCGUCAUGUCAGUGGUAUCAGUCCAGGACCUGAACGCCUCAACCAGGAUGACAGCACAUAAUGCUUUGACCCACAGCUUGGCCAAGAAGACUGCCCGGGAGGUCCAAACUGAGAGGCUUAAACUGGGAGAAUAUCUUCAGGUGGAUAUUAAUGACAUGACUCAACCCUGGGGGUUGGAGGUAGACAGGGUAGAGCUUACCCUGGGCUCUCUCCUGAAAGCCCCAGAAGAAGUUCCCUCUGGGCCCCUCAUCAUGCCCUCUUCUGUGCCUGGACUGGAAGGCCUCACUGGCCCCAUUCAGCAGUUGGCCAUGCACUUUCUGAACCACAGCGGCAGUUCACAGCCUCAACAAGAAGACAGCAUAACUUUUACAGAUGAGCUCAGCAGUGUCGCUCAGGCCACACCAGGUUCUGUGGAAGAGCUGCUCGACAGGGUAAAGCUCCUGCUUUCUGAAACUUUGGUCUGUCAGGUUGGGGCCUGUUUCCAGUUCGACAUCAGCUCAGGAGAUGGACAACAUCACAGUUACUAUUUGGAUUUAAGCCAAGGUAGCGGUGCAGUUGGAGCAGGGUGCUUGUGCAGAGAACCAGAUGUGACAUUGAGUAUGAGUGACAUCGACCUUCUGGCCAUGUUCCAAGACAGGCUACGACCAUUUGCUGCAUACACCAGUGGCAGACUUAAAAUCCAGGGAGACAUAAAGACCGCCAUGAAGCUGGAGGAACUCAUAAAGCUACUUAAGAAAUAGCGU